CAAAUAGAAACAGUUCUGUCAUUUUAUUCUCGUCAUGACUUUUUGUCAACGUUAUCUCAACCCUUCUUGUCUGGCCUCGUUGACUCUUGCGGUUCUAGUCAAUCUGUCUUCUCAAACUUCAGUGCUGCAAAAUUCUCAGAUCCAGACGCCCUAUUUGUCUGAAAAUAAAUUUCAUUUUAACGAUUAUACCGAUUAUACUGACAACGACAAUGGCAACAGAAACAGAGAAAAGGACAAGGAAAGAGGACCACAAGCACCGCCGUGGUCUCCGUUACUUAGUAGAGACGUUUCAUCGAGUCAAAUCUCACCUGGCUCAAAUUCAUUUUCGGAAAAAUUGGAUCCGAGUAUAGUUUGGGACGAUAAAUGGGCUUCAGAUAUAACAUUUGGCCAGUUAUCCGCAGUGUCUAUUGACCCAGAGGGUAACGUCGCGGUGUUUCAUAGAGGAAGUCGAGUGUGGAACAUCGGUAGUUUUGGAAAUGACAAUAAGUUUGACAGAGAAGCAGGGCCGGUAAGGGAAAACACUAUUGUGCUUAUAAACAGCGACAGUGGACAAAAGAUUUCGGAAUGGGGUAACAGCAUGUUUUACAUGCCGCAUGGACUUACCGUAGACCACUUGGGAAAUUAUUGGAUUACGGACGUAGCCAUGCACCAGGUUUUUAAGUUCGAUGCCAAUGAUCUGGCUUUUGACAAAUUGCAAAAAGUGAAAACCGGUAGAGAAUUUGACGUCGAAUUGAAACUCGCGGACAGUCAUAUGCUCGAGGAAAAGAUUGGCCGAUACGAAAUCAAACCGUCUUUGAUUUUGGGCGAAGCUUUCGAACCGGGCAACAGUAAUACAAGGUUUUGCAAACCUACGGCAGUUGCCGUACAAAAAAAUGGUGACUUUUAUGUCAGCGAUGGAUACUGCAAUUCAAGGAUAAUAAAAUUCAAUGGAAAGGGAGAGAGAAUAUUGACGUGGGGUCGUCAUUGGGAAGGGACAGAGAGCCGUUACUUCUUGCCCCCAUCGAACGCAUUUUUAGUACCUCACGCGUUGGCACUGGCGGAAGAUUUGGAUUACAUAUUUGUGGCAGACAGAGAAAACGGGAGAAUAUCGUGCUUUCAUGCUAAUAAUGGAAGUUUCCACAAGGAAUACAAACACCCUUCGAUCGGUGACAAAAUAUACAGUGUCGCUUAUGCUAACGAGAAAAUUUACCUCGUUAAUAACGGCGCACUAAAAUUUCAAGAAAGUAGGGGCUUCGUCAUUGACAUAAACAAUGGCAGCAUUCUAUCACAGUUUGGUCCCCAUCCAAGCUUGCAAACUCCACACGACAUAGCUGUUUCUAGUAACGAAGCACAUAUUUACGUUGUUGAGUUAAAUCCGCACAAAAUUUACAAAUUUUCUCAAGUGCCAAAUUCACCAAUUCAUCAGCAGCAGCAACGUCGCAAAGGAGAAUUGUCGUCUUCUGUUAUUCGCUCAACUGUGACGCCUCCGCGUCUCGACAGUGUUCCUUUGACUGGCAUCGACCGACCUGUUACUGUGAGUCACAGAGGAGUGACGGCGACGACAAUCGUCUUAUCUCUCGUCACCGCGGCUGUAGUACUCGUGGCACUCUGCUUUGCGAUAGCGGCUAUUAUUGCCCGAUGCAGGAAAAGAGGCUGCUUGCUGACCGUUCGCCGAGAUAUGCGUGGUUGGGAAUCCGAGAGGAGAGAAAAUUUCAAACUUUCGAAUUUUUCGGAAAACCGGAAGAGCAAAGGCAGGAAGUUUUUUGACAAACGGCCAAAUACUCGAGACUUUAGCAAAUUAAAUACCGAACCCGAAACAUCCGACGAUGAAAAUAAUCUCACUAAAGUAAUAUGAAUAUUUACCGAAAAAAAUUUGCCCCGUUCUGUUAUUCAUUCCGGAACAAAGUUCCAUAUAAAAUGAUACGGUAUCCUUGAUAGUAGUUAAAGAAAAACAAAGUAUGUCCCGGAAAAAACAGGUGAAGAGUUUGAAAGAAACGCGUAAUGAAAAUUUGUUUUGAGACUUCGUAAUUUCCGCGUGUAUAUUUUUUUUUUUUUUAACUUUUUUUUUCUAUCCCCCGAUAAUAUACAUAUUCUUUCGCGUGCCUAACGUUACACAUAUAUUAAUCGGAUGAGUAAAAUUAAAUGGCGACCAAAAGAAGUGCGUGUUUUAUAUUGUAUAAGAUUAGUAUAUAAUGGAUAUAUGAAAUUAACUGUAACGUAAGCAAAAAUUGCUAAAGUGCAUAUAGCAAGUACAUUUCAGGUUUGUUUAUCGAUCGUGCGAAUCAUUUAUUUAACACUGAAGAUUGACUAUAAAAUACCAUGCUGAUUAAUCAUUGUUACAGUGAUCGUGAUCGUCAAAGCGCUUUCGGCUCAUCGUUGCUUUUAAUGUGACACCGAAGGGUUCGAGAUCCCCGUGUUUGUUUUUUUUUUAUUUUCAUCGCAUGAAAUUUCGAGACAUUGGUUUUUUGAUAUUAUCCACUAUUCGACUUAUUGUGAGGUUUGAUUCAGCGACACCAAUUUUUCGAUAUGCAUCGAGGUGUUUUCAUACUUUACGAAGUAAUAAAUCGAAUCGUCAAGUCAUUAGGAUUGUACUUCAUUUGCCGAAUGAGUCGAAUAUCUAAUCGCAGGGAUGAAAUAAUGAUCGAGAAAAAUCUUCACCGCACUUCUACGUGACACUUUGAAUAGAUAUUCUCUCCGUGAUUUAUUUCGUCCGAACUCUCUCUGCACUUGAUCCGAAUUCUUCUACCGAUUGCUGCUAACGGGAACUGAUAGUAUUAUAUACGACAAAUACUUGUAUCUUAUACAUAUGUGUGUAUUAGAGUGUUUAAAAAAAACCAAUUAUUUUUUUUUUUUCGAAGAACAUUGAAAUAUCUUCCGAGUGUCCCUCAAAAAUGACCUCGGUAAAAUAUGA